GGAACGUGGUACGACCAUCUGGGUGAUGUGCGCGCCGUUGUCGUCCUUGUUGCUCGCUGGCAACUUUACCACGAUCGACAUGCUCUCCAUAGCCACUGGAUACGACAGGGACGAGGAGAAAAUCAGAGACGCUCUGCAAACCAGUAAAAUUGACAUCAAAACGCUGUUGAUUCAGUUCCCCACGAGCCGCUUCUACGAGGACACCUACCCUCAGGUCAGGGGCUACAUCAUGGACAUGGAGCAUUCCCAGCUUCUCAUCAAGUUCUACGUUAAAAAAUCUCACUGCCAGCUCGUACAGAGCGGCAAAUGCAAGGCCAUGAAAUACUACGACACCCUCGAGGCCUGCGAGCAAUACUUCUGUCUCGGUCACCUCACCGUGUGGACCCACUACGCAAACUUGACCAUUCAUAGAACUUAAUAAAACUUGUUAGGUUAAUCAUUCUUCUGAUGAUUUCUGAGCGCAAUAUGAAAUUAUAGACUGCGAGUAAUACUUCUGUCUCGGUCACCUCACCGUGUAGACCCACUACGUAAACUUGACUUAUCAUAGAACUUUAUAAUGUUUGCUAGGUUAAGCAUUCUUGUGAUGAUUUCAGGUACAAGCGCAAUCUGUAAUUAUAGACUGCCGCUGAGGAACUUACUUGUCGAAAGUAAAUAAAAACGAAGCCAUUGCAGUUGUCCGAAUUAUUAAAAUUUUCAGCUAUUGAAUAACUCAUGGAUUCCUGAUGCAAUUUUGAAAUAUCUCUGUAGGAUGUAGUAUCUAGUUAAAUCACUAGAACGAGUCAGCAAAAGGAUUUGGAUCCUUUUAUAUAGUGUUUAAAAAUUAUGCCUAGGUGGCUUCAACGAAAAUUUCUGGAGUAAGUUUACAAUUAUCAGAAAUCAGAAAGAGUGCGAAAAACGAACAAUCAAACAAAAAUGUAAAGACCAAUCCUCUCGUAUAUACGCUAUCACUUCCUCUAACUCUUUCCGUUCGACGAUUUUUUAUUGAGGUCUCUCGUGUACCUUGGGGCGUGAAGUAAAAAUGACAGAUA